AUGAACCCGACCCCUUCGGAACUCAAGAGCCUCUCCGAGGCCUGCACCAAGCUCUGGAACCUCGACGACAACCGUCUCGUGCCCAACGAGGACUACGAGAUCAACCUCCAGCAGGGCAAGUCGUCGUACCAGCCAGGCGACAUGGCGCCCGACAACCUCUUCAAGUUCGUGGACCCCAAGGCGCUCCAGAAGAAGACAUUCAAGCUCUUCAUGGACCUCCUCGACAACUACGAGCGUGAGACGGGCGUCGCCGAGACUGUGACCCGCCAAGAGCUGCGCGAGAACGAGCUCUUCAUCAACGCGAUCUGCGAGACGCGCGUCAUGAAAUACGCCCUUGCGUGGCUCCAGGGCAACCGCAAGUUUACCGGCAACAUGGACGCGUUCAAGCGCAAGCUCCAUGAGAUUUGGUUCGGCCUCUACCGCCGUGAAGUCUCCAACGACUCGUCGGGCUUUGAGCACGUCUUCAUCGGCGAGGUCAAGGACCAUCAAGUCACGGGUUUCCACAACUGGGUCCAAAUGUACCUCGAAGAGAAGGCUGGCCGCCUCGACUACCUCGGGUACAUCAAGCCCAAGCAGCGUGGUCGUUCGGUCAUGGAGCCGCACGAGUACGAGCAGCUCAUCACGCUCCAGUUUGCCUGGGAGAAGGAGGUCAAGCCCGUCUCGACGAGUUUGAUCGGCGUGAGCCCCGAGUUCGAGAUGGCGCUCUACACCAUGUGCUUCCUCAACGGCACGGAGCUCAACGAAGUCGACCUUGGCCCGUACAAGGUCAUCAUCAAAUGCUUCUCCAUCGGCCGUGGCGAGCACGCCAAGAUUGGCUCGUCGUUCCCGGAAGCCUGCCCGUUGACGGAGGAACAAGCCGCGUCCAAGAUUCAGGCCAUCAUCCGCGGCAAGGCGACGCGCGCCAAGGUCCCGUUGACGCCUGCACCGCAAAAUGGCACGUGGAAGCCGUCGGCUCCCGCUGGUGCCCCUGCGUGGGGUGCGCGUCCUGCGGGCAACCAAGCGACGAACGAUGUCCCGGCGGCGCCGCAGCCGGCGGCCACGGCGCUGGCCGCGCUCGUCCACGUCUGCGCGGGCGCGAUAUCGGGCAUUAGCGUGAGCCCGCAUAGCACCAGCGCCGGCGCCAUCACGCUGGCCGACGUGGCGCUCACGACGUCGAUGGCGAUCCCGAUCGGCGGCAAGCUCCAAGUGGCCUUUCCCGCCGGCUUUGUCCUGGCACCGACCGCGCUCUCUGGCGCCACUAACAUCGACGGCGCCGUCUCCACAGCCGGCACGACGCUCGUCGUGACUGUCGCGACGUCGGUAGUCGCUGCUGGCGCCGUCUCGUUCACCGUCGACGGCAUCACCAACCCUGGCGCCUCGACGCUCGCCGCCUUUACCAUCACUAGUUUGGACGCGGCGUCGGCAGUGCUCGAGUCUGGCAGCGGCGGCGGUGGCGCCGUCAUCACGGAAGGCGCCCCACUCGUUGCGACGUUGACGCUGGCCAACACGACCGCGAGUGUCACGUCUCGUUGCACGCUUUCGAUCACAACUUUUCUGACGCUUCCGAUCGGCGCCAGCUUCCGCGUAGCGUUUCCUUCGCGCUUUACGGUUGCCCCCACGCAGCUGACGUUUCAAACGGGGUUUGCGGCCACGACGACGCUGCUCUCGUCGACGGCGUCGUCGGCCACGAUCACGAUUGGCGCGUUUGCGUUGGCGCCAGGCACGUACGGCUUUACGCUCAACGGCAUCACCACCCCGGGCUCGUCCUGCGACGCGUACUACAUCGAAGGGUGCUUGGUAACGUGGGAGCCGUACACGGUCUCGACGCUCGACGCAGCGCAGAACGUCUACGAGUCCAUAUCGGUGCCCGGGAGUGCGAUCAUCAAGUCGCACUUGUACUUUGGCCGUGUCCGGACGCUCGCGACGACGCCAUCGACGUCGACGUCGGCCACGAUCCUCUUUAAUACGCUGCUACGGAUCCCAAGUGGUGGCAAGGUCCUUGUGACCUUCCCGGCCGGGUACGCGAUUGCGGACCCCGGCUGGACGCUCUCGGGGUGGGUCGGCCUCAGCGCCGCGAGCACAGCAACCAUUGCGGGCUUGACGCUGAGUAUCACGAGUGCGACCGCCGUCGCCCCGAUGCUGGGCAUCCAAGUCACGCUCUCGGGCGUCACGACGCCGCCGCUCAACACAAUCGGCACGUACACGAUCGUGACCCAAGACAGCGACGGCAACGUCAUUGAAGACGCGGCCAACAUUGGCGGUGUCGGCUGCUACUUCCUAAACGAAUGCAGCGGGCAUGGCGACUGCACGCUCAUGAGCUCCAAGUGCAUUUGCAACGCGGGGUGGGGCGCCCCGACCGACAUCUCGAUCGGCAGCGCCCCCGACUGCUCGCGACGAACAUGUCCGUCGGGGCUCGCUUGGAACGACGUCCCCACGGCGCCAACCGUCGCCCAUACAACGCUCAUGGAGUGCAGCAACCAAGGCGCGUGCAACCGCACCAGCGGUGUAUGCAACUGCUUUCCUGGCUACACGGGCAGCGCCUGUGAUCGCAUGUCGUGUCCCAACGACUGCUCGGGGCAUGGCGCCUGCUUGAGUCUGCAAGAGAUGGCGACGCUGACGACUGCUGUGCCAGUCACGAGUGCCACCACGUACUCGCUAUGGGAUGCGACGCGCAUUUACGGCUGCGUCUGUGACUCAUCGUGGCCUGUCGGACUGGGGGCCGGCCAAACACGCGUGCCUGAGUGGUUUGGGGCCGACUGUUCAAUGCGUCACUGCCCGAGUGGCGACGAUCCCAUGACGGCAGCGGACGAAACCAACUGCGGCGGUGUUGCGGCGCCUGGCGGGGCGGUCGGGGCCGUUGGCAACCUCUGCUACAACGAGUGCUCGGGCCGCGGCGUGUGCUUCUACCAAUCCGGCCAAUGUCGGUGCUUUGACGGCUUCGAAGGGCUCGCGUGCAACAUCCAAAACGUCCUCGUCGACGAUAGCAACCGCAGUGCGCUCGCCAUCGCACUCGCUGGCUACUGAUAAAUCUAUCCUGU